AUGCACAUUAUUGUUUUGAUUGAGAGUGAGAUACGAGCAAUUCUAGGAUCUCUGGCUGACUGCCACAUUCCUCCCUCCUUAAAUGUCUUUGGUCCCUCAAAGACCCCAACCCAGGCUCAUCCCUGGCAGGCAUCCCACCUGUCAAUUCCAGGGCACAGCACAGCACCAAAUGUAACGGGAGAGGAGAAAGUGCAGCGGGCCAGACCAGGAUUCAAACUCGGGCCCCCUGAAUCUCCGGUCAGAACUGCCAAGGAAGAGACUGGGUUGGUGUCUUUCGGGGCCAAAGACCUUCAAGCAGAAAGGAAUGUGGAGGUCAGUCGGUUCAAUUGCCAGUGGCCAGUUGGUACUUCCAUGGAAGAGCACCUGACUGGAGAUCCAGGGGACCUGGAAGAAAAUGACAUUUGGUUUGAUUUGGAUGUUGAGGAGGAAUUAGACAAUAAAGAAGAUCUUAGUGAAGAUUCUUCUGACCAUGAAGAGACAGAUUCUGAUACUAUUGGGACAGAAAAUGCUGGCUUUGGUAUUCUCCCAUACCAAUAUGAGCCUUAUGCAACUUCUGAUGAAGAUGCAUCCGACAAUUCAGAAGCUGAUGAGGAAGACAGAACACAUAACACAGACUGGUGUUCAUGUCAAUGCUGCACAAUCAUGGCAUCAAAUACCGAAAACAGGUGCUGUCAAGAGAUACAACAAGUAAAGGAAGAGAUUUUAAGAACCGACACAUCACUUAAUUGCAUAACACAUCAUCCUGGGUUUAGAACAGUUUGUCUUGAUAUUCAUGUACUGAGAACUGCAUACUAUCAAUAUCGACAACAAUAUGGAGGGAACUUGGAAGAAUCAACAAAACGACAUAGAUACACAGCUUACAGGCAGUUUGUACGUUGGUGUUGGGGCUAUUUAGGCAAGAAGGUCAGAGUAGUCAUACCAUCUUGUGCAGUCUCAAAAAUCAGAGAAACAUUCCCGCUUCAACCUGGAGAAACUCACACAGGGUUUAAUUUUGCUGAUUGAACCUACUAGAUUUUUCCAAUACUGCUGCUUCUUUCACGGGAUGAGAAUACUCAUGGCA